AUGAGCGCGAACCCCAACCCCAACCCCACACUGCAGCCGCCGUUCGCCGACCUCGAGCCAGAGAUUUCGAAUCCCGUGAAGCGGAUACGAUGGGCGACGCACCGCGCAACCGGCACCAAGGCUGAGAACAAGCGGCAUUCGCUGAAGGAGCGCCUGCAUCGACGGAUAGGCUCAGGGGAGAAGAGAGACUCGCUGGGCAAGGAAGGCGGCUCGAUAGGCAUGCCCGAGGGGGACAAGUCGCCCGACUCGUCAGACGCCGGCAACGACGACGAGGACUCGGGGCGCAGGGUCUACUUCAACGUGCCGCUGCCUCGCUCCGAGCGCGACGAAGACGGCCACCCUAUCCACUCAUACGCGCGCAACAAGAUACGAACCGCCAAAUACACCGCUAUUAGCUUCAUACCGAAGAACCUGUGGUUCCAGUUCCACAACAUCGCCAACAUCUACUUCCUCUUCAUUAUUAUCCUGGGUAUCUUCCAGAUUUUUGGAGCCUCGAAUCCAGCCCUGAACGCCGUGCCGCUUAUUGUCAUCAUCACAGUAACCGCCAUCAAGGAUGCUGUCGAGGACUGGAGGAGGACUGUGCUCGACAACGACCUCAACAACGCGCCCGUGCACCGACUCGUCGAUUUCAACAACGUCAACACCGCCGAAGACACCGUCUCGGCAUGGAGGAAGUUCAAGAAGGCAUGCACCAAGACCAUCAUCGUCACAUACAGGCUGAUGAAGGGCCUCUCGAAAAAGAACAAGGGAGCAAAGGGCAAAGAGGACAGUGAGCGCGGCGCGGGAGAUUCCCGUCCCUCGAUCGACACUCGACGAGCCUCGGUCGCUACCCACAGGUCGUCAUACUUCGACGCGCAGGAGGGGAUCCAGAUGACACCGGUUCCCUCGCCUCUGCCCGGCGCAUCCCCCAGUCACUCCCCUCCACCUACCGAACGCGGCGGCCCUGGCGAAGACGACAAGGUCCGCGGCAAAGACUCGAGGGGAACAUCGACCAAGAAGUUCUGGGGUAACGUACUCAAUCCUUUCAAGACAUCCCCAGAGAAGGCCCGCUUCAAGAAAGAUGCAUGGAAGAAUGUGCAGGUUGGCGAUUUCGUCCGUUUAUACAACGACGAGGAGAUACCCGCAGAUGUCAUUGUCUUGUCAACAUCAUCUGACGAUGGCGCCUGUUACGUCGAAACCAAGAAUUUGGACGGAGAGACGAAUCUGAAAGUUAGAAACGCCUUGCACUGCACCCGCGAUGUACGACACGCCCGCCACUGCGAACGCGCCGAAUUCGCCAUUGAGAGCGAAGGUCCACACUCGAAUUUGUACUCGUACAGCGCCGUCAUCAGGUGGCAGCAGCACAACGCCAAGGACACAGAGACACCGACGUACGAAAUGGCCGAGCCCAUCUCGAUUAACAACCUCCUCCUACGUGGCUGCCAACUGCGAAACACUGAGUGGGUUCUCGGCGUGGUCGUCUUCACCGGAGAGGAGACUAAAAUCAUGAUCAACUCCGGUGUCACGCCCAGUAAGCGCGCUAGGAUCUCGAAGGAUCUCAACUGGAACGUCAUCUACAACUUCAUCAUCCUAGCUCUGAUGUGCCUCGUCUCUGGAGUCGUCCUUGGCGUCACCUGGGCCAGAGACGACACCUCGCAUUCCGUCUUCGAGGUCGGAUCGUACGGUGGCAACCCAGCGACCGAUGGUGUCAUUGCCUUCUGGGCUAGUGUUAUCUUGUUCCAGAACUUGGUGCCUAUCUCUCUCUACAUCACACUCGAAAUCAUCCGCACCCUGCAGGCUCUCUUCAUCUACAGCGACGUGCAGAUGUACUACGAGGCGCUUGACUACCCUUGUACUCCCAAGUCUUGGAACAUUUCCGACGAUGUUGGUCAAGUCGAAUACAUCUUCUCAGACAAGACCGGUACAUUGACACAGAACGUCAUGGAAUUCAAGAAGUGCACGAUCAACGGGGUUCCUUACGGAGAGGCCUAUACUGAAGCACAAGCUGGUAUGCAGCGACGACAAGGAAUCAACGUCGAGGUCGAAGGCGCUCGCGCAAGGGAGCAGAUUGCUCGUGACCGGGUACGAAUGCUUGAGGGGGCCCGCAAACUGCACAACAACCCUUAUCUGUGGGAUGACGACCUCACCUUUGUUGCACCUGACUACAUCGAUGAUCUUGCCGGCGAGUCGGGUCAAGAGCAGAAGACGGCCAACGAACAAUUCAUGCUCGCUCUUGCUCUCUGCCAUACCGUUGUUACCGAACGAACACCCGGCGACCCACCCCGAAUCGAGUUCAAGGCUCAGUCUCCCGAUGAGGCGGCGCUUGUUGCAACAGCUCGCGAUGUUGGUUUCACAUUCGUCGGCCGAGAGGACGAUAAGCUCCUCGUAAAUGUCCUCGGUGAGGAGCGUAAAUACCAGGUUCUGAACACCCUCGAGUUCAAUUCCACCCGAAAACGUAUGAGCGCCAUCCUUAGAAUGCCGGACGGAAAGAUCAUGUUGUUUUGCAAGGGAGCAGACAGCAUGAUCUACUCUCGAUUGAUCCCCAAUGAGCAGAGACAGCUUCGCAUUACUACCGGUGAACAUCUCGAGAUGUUUGCAAGAGAAGGACUACGAACCCUCUGCAUCGCGCAGAAGGAGAUCUCGGAACGAGAAUACGCUGAAUGGAACAAAGACUACGACGUUGCCGCCAACAGUAUCACCGACCGUGAAGAGAAGCUUGAAGAGGUCUCCGACCGAAUCGAGAAUCAGCUGUGGUUGAUUGGUGGUACUGCAAUCGAAGACAGGUUGCAGGACGGAGUGCCAGAGUCCAUCUCACUUCUUGGCCAGGCCGGUAUCAAGCUCUGGGUAUUGACCGGUGACAAGGUUGAGACAGCCAUCAAUAUUGGCUUCUCUUGCAACCUCCUCGACAAUGACAUGGACCUCAUCAUUCUCAAGGUCACUGACGAUAGCCUCGAGUCAGUGGAAGCUCAGAUCGAUGAGAAGCUGGCUAUCUUUGGCUUGAUUGGCUCCGAAGAAGAGUUGGAGGCUGCUCAAGACGAUCACGAACCCCCGCCCCCCACUCAUGCCAUCAUCAUCGAUGGUGACACGCUGAAGCUCGCAUUGGAUGACUCUUUGAAGCGCAAAUUUCUCCUGCUCUGCAGACGGUGCCGAUCUGUUCUUUGUUGCCGUGUCAGCCCUAGUCAGAAGGCUGCUGUUGUCAAUAUGGUCAAGACCGGUCUUGACUGCCUCACUCUGGCUAUCGGUGACGGUGCCAACGAUGUUGCCAUGAUUCAGGAAGCGCACGUUGGCGUCGGUAUUGCUGGCGUCGAGGGUCGCGCAGCCGUCAUGUCUUCUGAUUACGCGAUUGGACAAUUCCGAUUCUUGACCCGUCUCGUACUUGUGCAUGGUCGAUGGUCAUACCGACGACUGGCAGAAACCAUCGCUAACUUCUUCUACAAGAACAUUGUCUGGACGUUCGCGCUCUUCUGGUACCAGAUUUACACCAACUUCGACAGCCAGUACAUCUUCGACUACACCUACAUUAUCUUCUUCAAUCUUGCUUUCACUUCCCUUCCAGUUAUCGUCAUGGGUGUCUUGGAUCAAGACGUUGACGACAGGAUAUCGCUUGCUGUUCCUCAGCUGUACCGCCGUGGUAUUGAGCGAAAGGAGUGGACCCAGCCGAAGUUCUGGGCUUACAUGAUUGACGGUGUCUACCAGUCCGCUAUUGCUUUCUUCUUGGUAUACGAAAUCUUUUACCCUGCCACCUUUGCAACUGCCAGCGGUCUGGAUCUUGCAGAAUAUCGACGCAUGGGUGUCUACGCCGCGACUACUGCUGUCUGCGCCGCUAACAUCUACGUUCUUUACAACACAUACCGAUGGGAUUGGCUGAUGCUUCUGAUCGUCGUCAUCAGUACAAUCCUUGUUUGGACCUGGACUGGUAUCUACACAUCGUUCACAGGCAGUGCUCAAUUCUACAAGGCCGGUGCGGAAGUUUAUGGAACUCUGAACUUCUGGGCAUAUGUUCUCGUUGCGACGAUCAUGUGUUUGCUACCACGAUUCAUCUUCAAGGCUGCGCAGAAGAUGUACUUUCCUCUUGAUGUCGACAUCAUUCGUGAGCAAGUCGCCCAAGGAAAGUUCGACUACCUUAAGGACAACCACAGCUACCUUCCGCCACCCCCAGACAAUAAGACUCCAGCUGCUGUACCGGACGUUGACGCGGACAAGUACAAGGCUGCAAAUGCCGAGCCUACGGAUGAAGAUGUUCGACCGAUCUACCCGCCUUCCGUUGCGCCUACCGCGACAACGCACAACCCGCGAAGUCAGAACGGUAGCAAUAGCACCGACUACACAUAUCGCCGCUCGAUGGAGGGUCUACCCGCGGCUCCUCGCAUGUCAUCCGAAGGUCGCCCGCUUAACAGUUACGAGCAUCGUGUGCGACCGAGCUUCGAUCGCGCUAGGAUGUCUAUGGACCGCGUUCGUCCCAGUUUCGAGCAGAGCAACGACUUCACUUCAGCUGCUAUGUUGACCCGCAUCGAGUCCGCCCAUAGCCGCAACAGCCACGUUGAACGCAGUGGUACCGCCAGCCAAAGCGGCUCAACCAGCAAUAUUGGCAGCCGGCUGAGGAAUGCCAUCCGCCGCGCAACGAUCACAAGAGAAGAGGCACCGGCAGAUCUUCACAAUGUGCCCGCCGUGCCUGCGAUAACAACGAGCUCACCUAAAAGCUCGCCCGAGCUCAAGUCUUCAGAGCUAAAAACACCGCCCACGAGCCCGCCGAGGUGA